UUAGAAAAACACAAAACCCGGUUCCACGCGGUGCUUUAGUGGCUAAAAGUGAAAGAGCUGCCUUGGCAGAAUUCAGCUCUAUGAAUCACUUCGGAAAAUUGGUUCGACUGAAAGGCCUUAGGAGGAAAAACGUUUUAAUAGGAUCCAGGGGAGGUUCUGCUGUUUCAAUCUGCUCCUUAAACAGGUGGAGAUUGGACCUUCUCAAUUAUACAAACAUGACUCCGUGUGAUGUCAGCCGAAUGUAAAAGACAGUGCUCUCACGCGGAGGGGAAGAUGUUUGCCGUCAACAUGUGACAGAGGAGGCGCGCUGCAUGGCUCGGAAGGCGUCUCCUUGGCGGUGGGGGAAAGAGACUUAGAGGAGUGGGGCAGCACCCUGGCCCAGUCCGGCACGGCUCUGCUGGGCGCGCCAUGGCCAGCUCGGCUUCCCUGGAGACCAUGGUGCCCCCGGCCUGCCCACGCGCUGGAGCGUCGCCGGCCACUUCCAAGACCCUGGCCUUCUCCAUCGAGCGCAUCAUGGCCAAGACGACGUCGGAGCCCCGCGCGCCCUUCGAGCCCCGGCCGGGGGCGCUGGAGGCGGACGGUGGCCAGGGCAAGAAAUCGCUCAACCUCUGCUCGCCGCUGCCCUGCAUGAUCCCGCUGCAGCCCUUGGGCUACGAGGUGCCGUCCAAGACGCUGCUCAGCUACUCCGAGCUCUGGAAAAGCAGCCUCCGGGCGGGCGGCGGCGGGGGCGGGGGGGCUCCGGUGUGCGGCGCCAGCGGCUUGUGCAAAACCAACUGUGGCAUGUGCUGCAAGGCCGAGCUGGGCCUGGCGCCGGCUGCGCUGCCCGCGGGCAGGGUCAUCAAGCCGCAGGUCAUCAACCAGGCCGUGGGGCUGCCGGCCAGCGGUUCGCUCUACUACUUCAACUACCUGGACUCGGCCGCGUACCCGCCGUCGGAGCUCCUGGGCGGCCACCUCUUCCCGUCCGGCCUCCUCCACGCGCAGGCCCCCGCCGCCCUCGCCGCGCACCCCAAGCUCUUCCUGCUGGAGAACGCCAAGCUGGCCGGCCUGGCCGCGGACAAGUUCGCCCACCCGGCCCCCUUUAGCCCUAAGGAGCGCCUGUCCGCGCCGCUGGAGCAGGUGCUGAAGGAGAACUCGGCCCUGACGGCCGAGCGCGGCGGCGGCGGCAAGGGUCACGGCAAGCUGCCGGGGAGCUCGGCGGACGGCAAGCCCAAAAACUUCACCUGCGAGGUGUGCGGCAAGGUGUUUAACGCUCACUAUAACCUCACCCGCCACAUGCCAGUCCACACCGGAGCCAGGCCGUUCGUGUGUAAAGUCUGCGGAAAGGGCUUCCGCCAGGCCAGCACCCUCUGCAGACACAAAAUCAUCCACACCCAGGAAAAGCCGCACAAAUGCAACCAGUGCGGCAAAGCCUUCAACCGCAGCUCCACGCUCAACACGCACAUCCGCAUCCACGCGGGCUACAAGCCCUUCGUCUGCGAAUUUUGCGGUAAAGGCUUUCACCAAAAAGGGAACUACAAGAACCACAAGCUGACGCACAGCGGCGAGAAGCAGUACAAAUGCACCAUCUGCAACAAGGCCUUCCACCAGGUCUACAAUUUGACCUUCCACAUGCACACCCACAACGACAAGAAGCCUUUCACGUGCGCCACUUGCGGCAAAGGGUUUUGCAGAAACUUUGACUUGAAGAAACACGUGCGCAAACUCCACGACAGCGUGAGCCCCGCCGCCCCCUCCACAAAGGACCUGACUCGGACCGUGCAGAGCUGAGAGCUACUGCCUCGCCCUCCCUUCCGACCCCUCCCACCCUAAAACAGAUCACACGUAUAAACUUAUUUCGGAAAUUAAAGGAAAGGAAAAAAAAAACCACUAUAGCAGAGAGGCUAAAAUCUAUUUAUCGAAACCAGCGUAUUUUUGGAAAGCUACACGUUUCCUCGAUGACUGGCAGCAAACGCGUGGCUCCCACCUUUGUAUAUUCGGGAAAUUUAUUUAAACCCAGUGCGCCGAAACAUAGUGACUUGCCUCCCGGGCCUCGGCGUCUCCUGGGGAGGCCGGUUUGGACCCCCAGCUAUCACGUGUGCGCCCCGGAAGCGCGCGGCGCGCCCAACCGCCUUUAUACAGCCAUGUAAAUCCUCCUGUACAAGCCGACAAGGAAUAUAAUAUACCUACAUAACUCAAUAAACGGAAUCAU